AUGUCAGAACAACAAGAGCAACAAGAAACGCCAGAUGUUCCGAUUCUUCAAUCAGAAGAAGCUCCUACGCCAACUGACCAAGCUCAGACCGAAGAAGUUGACAAGCCAACGACAACAACACCAAACCCCUCGCUAUGUGGUAUCUGCAACACGAAUCCGCCAAAGUACAAAUGCCCUCGAUGUCGUCUUCCAUACUGCUCUGUCGCAUGUAAUAAGAUCCAUCGCGAGAACCACCCUCCUGAUCCUGAAGUCAUAACCCAACCCGAACCUUCACAACCAGAAUCGCAAUCCCAACAAGUCUCGGAGCCCCGACCCUUUGACCCUUCGAACCCCUUUCAAGCCCUUGAAACAUCCGAAAAGCUUCGUCUUCUCUUCCGAAAGUAUCCCGAUCUGCCUGAACAGCUCCUUAAAAUCGAUGCUGCUACACUCCCACCUGCCGAGAGCAAACCCGCUAUUCCCGCUUCGCUUUUAAAGGGCCUUCCACCUAAGCAGGAGGCUUGGAAUCACGAUAUCGGCAUACAGAAUGGCAAAGAGGCUCUACGCAAAGCGCGGCGUGCAGGCGGCGAGAAAGGCGAUGCUAUCCGCGAAUACUCAGAGCUCAUCCUCCACCUUAUAAAUACCGGAAGCGCAAGCGCAGACGUGGACAGCAUUCUAAGACAGCAACUUGCACAGGAAGACACAAAACUCAUCGAGCGCUUGAUGCAACAGGAGAAACGAUGA